UGAGGAAACUGGCACCCAACGAAUUCCCCCACAAGCUCUACGUGCAGAAUUACACCUCAGCCGUGCCGGGCACCUGCCUGACGAUCAGGAAGUGGCUCUUCACGACCGAGGAAGAGGUUCUCCUGAACGAUAACGAUUUGGCCGUCACCUACUUCUUCCACCAGGCAGUCGAUGAUGUGAAGAAAGGCUACAUCAAAGCCGAGGAGAAGUCCUACCAGCUGCAGAAGCUUGGAGAACAGAGGAAGAUGGUUAUGUACUUGAACAUGUUGCGGACAUGCGAGGGCUACAACGAGAUCGUCUUCCCUCACUGCUCCUGCGACUCUCGCCGGAAGGGCCACGUCAUCACAGCCAUCAGCAUCCAGCACUUUAAGCUCCACGCUUGCACCGAGGAGGGCCAGCUCGAGAAUCAAGUCAUCGCUUUCGAAUGGGACGAGAUGCAGCGGUGGGACACGGACGAAGAAGGGAUGGCCUUCUGCUUCGAAUACGCGCGAGGGGAGAAGAAGCCACGAUGGGUCAAAAUCUUCACCCCUUACUUCAACUACAUGCACGAGUGUUUCGAGCGCAUUUUCUGCGAACUGAAGUGGCGGAAGGAGGUGAAGGUGGAGGAGGAAGCCACCGACAAGGACAACAAGAACUGCAGUAAAGACAACCUGUGCAGCAAGAACAUCUUCCAGUUAAUGCGGACAGAGCAACGGGACAUCACGACUUGAAUCCGCUUCGGACAACCGACCGGCCGACCGAAAAGCGUAUUAUCCCCCCCCCCUUUUCCCCCCCCUCCCCCACCCCAAAACCCUUCCUGGAAAACAAAAAACACAAAACAUUAACACUUUUCAAAAACGAGGAGAAAAGAAAAGAGGUUCGAGAAAGAGGGGAACGGUUUACUGUAUUAAACUCAUAUUAAUUCCA